ACCGCCAGUGCCACUGAUGCUGAAGGGACCGCCCCGCGGCCGCCGCCUCUGGCGGCCGCCAUCGCCGCCUCAGACUUCAGAACCAGCGUCGUCCUCAACCACCUGGCGGAGAAGUGGUUCCCGGGCCAGCGCGAGCGGGCCCGGGCGGCUGGCAGACUCGGGGAGCUGCUGCACCAGGAGCGCUACCGGGAGGCCUUGGCCGCCGCCUGCGAGGCGCUGCGAGCAGAGCCCAGUGACUUGAUUGUAAAAAUGUACAGAGCGGAAUCAUAUGCUGGUCUCCAAGAGUUUAAAGCAGCCAUAGAAGAUUUAAAUGCAGUUCUUUUUCAACUUCCAGAUUGGUCUGAGGUCUACUUCAGGAAAGGAAAAGUACUCUAUGAUGCUGGUUUUUUAGGUGAUGCCUUACAACUCUGUCUUCAGUGCUUAGCCCUUGAUGAAGAUGUUGCACCUGCAAAGCUGCAAGUGCAAAAGAUUUUAUGUGAUUUAUUAUUACCUGAAACCUUAAAAGAAGGCCUGAAGGAAUCUUCCUGGAGUUCAUUACCAUGUACUAAAAACAGACCUUUUGAUUUUCCUUCAGUGAUGGAAGAGUCUCAGUCUCCCAGUGAGCCUAGCCCAAAGCAGAGUGACGAAAUACCAGAGGUCACUUCAGAGCCCGUCAAAGGAAGCUUAAACCGUGCUCGGUCAGCACAGUCUAUACAUUCAACAGAAACGCCUGCCAGAGAGGACCGUUUAAAAAGAGUGUCCUCAGAACCUGUUCUGUCUGUUCAAGAAAAAGGUGUUCUGCUGAAAAGAAAGUGGUCUCUUUUAGAACAGGAUGUGAUUGUAAAUGAAGAUGGAAGAAAUAAGCUUAAAAAACAAGGAGAAACUCCCAAUGAAGUCUGUAUGUUUUCCUUAGCUUAUGGUGAUAUUCCAGAAGAAUUAAUCGAUGUCUCGGAUUUCGAAUGUUCUGUCUGCGUGAGGUGGUUUUUUGAGCCAGUAACAACCCCUUACGGACAUUCAUUCUGUAAGAAUUGUCUUGAACGUUGUUUAGAACAUGCACCAUAUUGUCCUCUUUGCAAAGAAAGCUUAAAAGAGUAUGUAGCAGAUAGGAGGUACUGUGUCACACAGCUGUUGGAAGAAUUAAUAGUGAAUUAUCUGCCUGAUGAACUGUCUGAGAGAAAAAAAAUAUAUGAUGAAGAAACUGCUGAACUCUCACACUUGACCAAGAAUGUUCCAAUAUUUCUUUGUACUAUGGCCUACCCCACUGUGCCUUGCCCUCUCCGUGUAUUUGAGCCAAGAUAUAGAUUGAUGAUUCAAAGAAGUAUGCAGACUGGAACCAAACAGUUUGGCUUGUGUGUCAGUGAUACACAAAAUAGUUUUGCAGAUUAUGGUUGUAUGUUGCAAAUGAGAAACGUGCAUUUCUUACCUGAUGGAAGGUCUGUGGUUGAUAGAGUUGGAGGAAAGCGGUUUAGGGUUUUAAAAAGAGGAAUGAAAGAUGGAUAUUGCACUGCUGACAUUGAAUAUCUGGAAGAUGUUAAGGUUGAGAAUGAAGAUGAGAGUAAGAAUCUCAGAGAGCUUCAUGAUUUGGUUUACUCUCAAGCCUGCAGCUGGUUUCAGAAUUUAAGAGACAGAUUUCGAAGCCAAAUUCUUCAGCACUUUGGAUCAAUGCCGGAGAGAGAAGAAAACCUUCAGGCAAUCCCUAAUGGACCCGCAUGGUGUUGGUGGCUUCUUGCAGUUCUCCCUGUAGAUCCACGAUACCAGCUGUCAGUUUUGUCAAUGAAGUCUUUGAAAGAACGGUUGACAAAGAUACAGCAUAUACUGACCUUUUUUUCUAGAGACCAAUCUAAGUAACUGCUUGGAUCUCCCUUUAAAAUUACCCUAAUCUGGCUGCAUCGAUGGCCAAAGGUAGAUGGCUGCCUUUGCACAUCUAGUGCUGGUUUCAGAAAUGUAAUGAAACUUUUCUUUUUCCUUCAACUUCCUGAAUCAUGUGGUUUUGCAAAUAAAUACCUUCAA